AUGCCGGAUCCUAUUUCAGUUCACAACUUUUCGGAAAGAUUUAUGGAGCAGACGAUUCACUUUCACGUCAUGAAACUCAGUGGUGCUUUUUUCCUCUGGGUUGGUUCGAGUCCACUUCUUUCCAACUUGGCGGUUUCAAUGAGCAGCAGAUACGACUCCAUGCCAUUAUCUACGUUAGUGAUGGGGGACCCUUCAGAUACAGCUCCAAAUUCUUUGGCACAGAGAUUAGCAAAGAAGACCCAAAAGCAAGUUUUUGUUAGUUACAGUCUUCCUACGACCAACUCCAGUCUCUCUCUGCUAGUGGAAAACCGAAUCAAAAAGGAGCUUGAGCUUCAUCCGGGGAAAUUUUGAAUUUUUCCCCAAGCGAUUUUGUGUGAGACUGUAGAAAAGGAAGGGCUGGUUGUUCUCUUAUUUGUUGCGGUGACAUCUACCACACACAAGAACGUCACAUCCAGUGUUUUUUUUAUUGACACAAUAAAUUAGGUGAGUUCUAUUAUCAAAACAUGUCAGCCUAUGGCUUUUGGUACAAAUGCAUCAUUAAAAAAUACGACUUAGAAAACA